GGCUCAGAGUCCAUAAAGCCAUGUCCUGAGAGUGUGCCUGGAGGGGGAGGCACUUCCCGCAGGUUUACAGCCAUGAAUCCUAUGAUGCAAGGUGGCAUGGGCUGCAUGCCCCGUCCAAUGGGCUGUGGCGGCUGCAGCGGCUGUGGUGGAUGCGGCGGCUGUGGCGGCUGUGGUGGCUGCGGUGGCUGCGGUGGCUGUGGGGGCUGUGCUGGAUGCAACCCCAUGAUGAUGCAGCAGCAGAUGAUGAUGCAGCAGCAGCAGCAGAUGAUGCAGAUGAUGGGUGGCGGGGGCAGCGGUGGGAUGGACAUGAAGAAGAUGCAGGAGAUGAUGAACCAAAUGAUGGGCAUGGGUGGAUCAAAGAAGAGCAAGGGCGAGAAAACGGAGAAGAAAAAGAAGCCCAAGGACAAUGCCACAGUGAUUUUCGUGGGCGGUCUCCGGAAGACCACGGAAGAAGACAGAGUGACAGCUCAUUUUGCCAAGUUCGGUCAGGUGGAGCACGUUGACAUCAAGCGAUUGCCUGACGGUACCUCUCGUGGCUUUGCUUUUGUGAAGUUCUCUGACACAGACGCCGUAGAGAAAGUCAUUGACGCGCAUGCCAAGCACAUGAUCGACAACAAGUGGGUUGAGGUGAAACGCCACGAUGGUGUGGCAGCUUCUGCAGGCCUCACAUCCUCCAUGCAGAAGCCAGAAGAGCCAGAGGAAGAAGCGGAGCCUGCUGGCGAGGAAUGGUCCGAGAAGUGGUCUGAGCAAUACUUGGCCAUGGCCUCAAAGCUGGGCGAGAUGCAGAAGGAUGGUGGCGGUGGAGAAGGCGGUGGAAGCAGCAAGAGCAAAAGCAGUGCUGUGGAGAAGCUCAUGAAGCAGAUGGGCAUGGAUCCAGCUGUGAUGAAGCAAAUGGGCAUGGAUCCGAAGCAGAUGGAGGGCAUGUUCAAACAAAUGGGGAUUGAUCCGUCUUCGAUGAUGUCGAUGAUGGGAAACAUGAAUCCAAUGAUGGGUAUGAUGGGCAUGAUGAACCCGAUGAUGAUGGGAGGGAUGGGGGGCUGUGGCAUGGGGGGUAUGGGCGGCAACUGCGGAAUGGGAGGCUGUGGCGGUGGAACAGCACCGGCAGGAAGCACUUCAGGAGGCAAUUGUGGUUCAGGUGCCUGCGGCAUGGGAGGAAACUGCGGCGGAGGCAACUGCGGCAUGGGAGGCAACUGUGGAAUGGGCGGCAAUUGCGGCGGCGGAGGCAUGGGCUGCAGCGGUCCCGGCGGCAAUGCCGGUGGCAUGCAGGAAGGCCGCGAGCGCUCCAAGAGCCGCAGCCCCGUCAGAGCGGCGCUGCCAGGCCCCGGCUGCAUGGGGCCCGGCCCCGGUCCCAGCCCGGGCCCGGGCCCAGGCGGCCCAGGCGGCCCAGGCCCUGGCGGCCCUUGCUUGGGCGGCUUCCAGGGUCGGCCCGCAGGUUUCCCACCGCCCCCUCCCCCAAGGCUGCCAGAAGACCCUGCACAGCGCGCUGCACGUGCUGCCGCUGCAGGUGCCGAGGCAGCAGCAUUCGCUCAGCAAGCGUCAAGGAUUGCCGAAACAUCCCGCGAUGCAGCACGAGACGCUGCCACGGCCAAGUCCGCCAUGCCAAUGUGGUCGGAGGCACCUCCGCCACCGCCACCGGGCAAUGCUGCCAACAUGAGACAACCGGUAAAGCUGUGGCUGCCAGAGCCAACUCCGCAGUUUCAGUCGUCACAUCCGCCACCACCGCCGCCAUCAAUGCAAUCCACUUCGCAGG